UAUAGUAUCAUACAUUAUCCGCACAGAAUCCUUCACCUGCUGGAUAACAUAUAUAAACGGGUGGCCAUUACUGCUAAGGACCUUCCACAUUUCACGGCCAUGGUGGUUGUGACAUCAACUUCACCUUCUUCCCUUUCUCUUCGCACUCAAAUUUCCACUCCCUUCAGACCUAUUUCGCCUCUCCUGUUACACUUCCACAAAUUAUACUGCAACCCAAAAAGAACGUCACGCACCCAAAGAUCCUAUGGACCCUUGUCUGUCAGAGCAUACAUGGAGAACCAGAACUCCAUAUCCAGUUUUGCAAAUAAAGUCAUCGGUGCUCUCCCCGUUAUUGGCCUUGUAGCCCGAAUCUUCAGCGAUGAAGGCGGUGUUGGUGGGGAUAUUAUCGACUUUGCGGAGUUCAGAAGACGAGUAGGCAAGAACUGCACUGUAAAUGAUUCCAGAGCUUUCUAUGAAUUCCAGGAGCGGCGAGGCCGGGCAGGGGAGCCUUUGUAUGUGUUACUAUCUUGCUGGCUAGCAGCAGUUGGUGCUGGUCUUCUCAAAUCUGAGGAGAUUCUGGAGGGCGUAGCGAGGAUUCGUAUAUCAAAUGACAUUGAAUUUGAAGAGCAGACUUUCAUUGCCUUGAUGAAUGAAGCAAGAGAGAAACGAGCACGACUAAAUGUUCCGACUCCUGCUGUACCCUUGGAGGUUCGAGCAGAAAAAGCUCUUGAUGCUAUUCACGUCUGCUGCUUCGGGAAGGAUCAAAUAGAAGAAAAAGAUGAGGAACUGCUAUGUAUCAUGCUUACUGCUGUAUUCCCUUCAGUUAAGCAGUCAGAGAUAGAAAGGAUUAUCAAAGACAAGGCCACAAAAAUCGCGGAGGGCAGGGAUGAGAUCAAUAUUCCAGAGCCAACUCCACUUCCAAAAGAAGCUGUACAAAUGCAAAUGAAGGACCUCCAGUUCCUCAAGCAAAAUGAGUCCUGAAAGGAGUGCUUCCCGGGAGCCGCUCAAUUGAAAAUUAUAGAUGAAAGUCGAUGCAGUUUAGAAUUCUAAUCCUGUAUUUACGGUUCCAAAUGAGAAUUUUACCCUUUCAAAUGGGAACUGAGAUGCAUGAUUUUAGAACAGAUCAAUUUAUACUUUUGCCUUCAGCCCAUCAGUCUGCAUCAGAUGAGUGCUUUUAUAUUCCCUGUUUCUCUA